GUGAAACAGUAGAAGAAUGAAGCUUCAUUCUGUGAUUGACCUUCAGUACGUUUUAAGAUGUUUAGAGGUGAACCUUCAUCUGCUGAGGAUUUGCUGGCUCAUUUACCUUCAUUCAGGUCUAGUUACCUGCUGGUGUAAAUCCAUUACUGAAUGUGUACAGGUGAGUAAUCUGACAUCAUCACCACUGUAUUACUGACCUGCUCUGAACAGCCACUCAUCCACUUCCUCUUCAGGUUCUGCUGGAUGUUAGACUGAGUACUGAGAUGGAACUGGUCAGUUCUGGUUUCUCUGCUUUGAAUGCAAAGCGAGUAAAGACUCAAGAUGAGUGUGACGUCGUGGUUCUUGGUGAGCAGUUCUGGUACUCGGCACCGGUUACCGAGGGAGAUGAUUUUUGUCGGGAGGGAGGAUUGUGAGCUCAUGCUACAGUCUCGCAGUGUAGAUAAACAACACGCCGUGAUUAACUACAGUCCUACGACUGACCAACACCUGCUUAAAGAUCUGGGUAGUUUAAACGGGACGUUUGUGAACGAUCAGAGGAUUCCAGAUCAGACGUACGUCACGCUCAAACUGUCCGACCUCGUCCGCUUCGGAUACGAUUCUCAUGUUUACGUUCUGGAGAGGAGCCAACACAAAGUACCGGAGGAGGCUCUGAAGCAUGAGAAAUACACCAGUCAGCUGCAGAUGGAAAUAAAAUCCUCUGAAAUACAGAAUAAAGAAGCUCAGGAGGAGAGGAAGCUGGACCGGUCCGAGCGCAAGAGUCUCACCGAAGCGCCCGUGUGUCGCCCCACUCCUCUGUACGGACAGCCGUCAUGGUGGGGUGAAGAAGAUCCCGGGAAUAAAGAUCCACUGAACGAGGGCCGUAAACCAGACGAGAGUCGAUCAGACGUCCAGAAGGUCUCGGAGGUGAACGGAUCCCUCCAGGAGUUCCGAGACGCCCAGAACAAGUCGUUCCUCUACCACAGAGAGCCGAGUUACUUCGAAAUUCCCACCAAAGAGGUUCAGAGCCACCCCAAAUACUCCGAACUGGAGCUGAACGACAUUCCCACCAAAGACACCGACGCCCUUCCCAAACCCACCCCCACCCCCCCGGUGUACCAGAGCCACGCCUCAUUCACCAUCGAGUUCGACGACUGCACGCCCGGAAAGAUGAAGAUCAAAGACCACGUGACCAAGUUCUCGUCCCGCCAGCGCACUAAAGCUCCGCCCGGCAUUAAAACGAUUAGCCCCGCCCCCUUAGAGGUCCAGUCCGCCGAGAGCAAGGUGGCUGACUGGCUGGUGCACAGCGACGUUGGAGUGAUGUCAUCACGGAGACCGACCAGCGAUGAUGUGUACAGCACCAAGAGUGACCUCGCCAUGCACGUCCCCAUCCUCAAAGAUCAUCAUCAUGAGGACGGAACUCAGAGCGACUCAGAAGAUCCUGCACCGAAGGGAACUCGCACUAAAUCUCAUCACGCCGUCCAAUCAGAACAGCCCACCGUACCAAAAGUACCUGAGCAGUCUGAGGUAAAACCCUCGUCACCAUGUAAAGCGGAUCAGAGUUUCUCUGAGGCUUCAGAAAGAGCACUGAAGGAACUUUCACCCCCAGCUCAGAUCAGAUCCGGAGCUCAGGAGCCUCUGAGCCAGCAGGCCUUCAUCAUCGAGUUCUUCGACGACAAUCCUCGCAAGAAACGCUCUCAGUCGUUUACCCACAAUCCCCUGCACGGGGAUAAUUACGCGGCGCUCAGAGCUAAACUGGAGCGGCGUAAAGGGGCGGAGCGUCCGGCGUCGGUCCACGGGAACCUUCCUCCCACCCAGCAGAUCACGGUUCCUCUCAAAGGUCCCGGUCACUCCGCCCAUCAACGGUCCAGCUCGCUGAAGAGAGAGAAAACAGACGAGGUGACCAGCAAGGGCGCCACCUCUCCCUCCUCCUCCGGCACUUCCUGUUCCAUCACUUCCUCUUCCUCCCGCUCCUCUCCAUCCGUCACCAUCAGGCCGUUCGGCAGCGUGGGGAAGAAAUCCAAACUGGUUCAGGAAUUCCUAGACGAAUCGACUCCGCCCAUGUCGGCCCCGCCGGUGAUGAUGUCGCCGUCUCACGCCCGUCUCCCCUCUCCUGACGACACGCCGGCGUGCCGGCCGUCCUCCGUCUCCUACCCGUCCUCGCCGUCGCAGAUCCACGGCCACGCCCUGUCCCAAACGCUUCCCUCGCCUCCCGCCGCAUCACCUCCUGUUCCUGUCCCGGUCCUUCCUCCGCCUCAGACUCCGGAGUCCAGCGCCUCAUCGUUACCCCCCUUCUCUCCACGAGGUGGGGCCGGGGCGGAUCCUAAAGCCCCUCGAGGCCUGGGUAAGGUCCCGGGGACGGGGCGUACGGAGGAGGAGGACAGUCUGAGCGACGCAGGGACCUACACCAUAGAGACGGAGAGCCAGGAUAAAGAGGUGGAGGAGGCACGCAGCAUGAUCGACCAGGUUUUCGGGGUGCUGGACGCUCCGGAGUACAGCGGCGUUUACAGACCGGUGAUCAGCGAGCAGGAUCUGAUCCCUCAGACCCACAUCAUCCAAACCUCAGCAGAAGAUCUAACGGACCUCAACUCAUCCAUCAGUGCAGAUCCAGAGAGCUUCAUCCAGGAUCCUGCUGACCUGGCUGGACCUCGGUGGGUAUCUCGGUGGGCGAGUUUAGCAGAUACGUACAGUGAAUCCGCAUCCACAGCGCCACCUUCAGGACCUUCAGCACAGAGAGAAGGAAUCAGAUCGACGUCCAGUCUCACGGAGGAUCACUCAGAAUCAGACUGCACUCAGAUCUCCAAAACCCGACGCCUCCUUCCCCAGGUUCCUCCUACAGCAGGGGAGAAGCAGGAGAGCACAACUCCCAGCAUCCUGAUCCGAACUGAACCCAGCCUGGACCGUGAUCCGUCAGAAAAGACGUCCAGAACGUCACAGCCGGACUCCGCCAACAGGUUACGGGUUCAGGAGGACGUGGAUCACGACAGCCUGAGUGACACCAGCCGCUCGGACGAUAGCUCCAUCCUGGACCGAAGCUUGAAGGGUCACAGAGGUUCAGAAAACGUCCCGCCGAAGUCCACCUCCUUCUACAUCGGCUCAGAGGACAGGUCUGGCAAAUCACGGAGUCCCGGUUCAUCCCAAACCGAGCGAGCGGCCUCUCCAAAAGUUCCUCCGACUACCGUGCUGAUCCGCCACCUGAGCGGCCAGGAGUCCAGACGUCCGGUCAAACCCAACUUCUCAGCGCCGAAUCUUCAGACCCAGCAUAAAGAUUUAGUUCCGACCAAAGAGGCUCAGUCCUCGGCGUUCGUCCGGCAGGAGAGUUUCACUAAAGAGCGUCCGAGUGACCACGUCCCGGUCAAACGCCUGCCGCACAUCUCCAGUCACCCGGCGCUACGAGACCUCGGAGCUAAAGUGGACGAGACGGAGAACAAGCCGCCGUCGUCGUUCCAGCAUCCGAAACAGCCGGCGGAGGAAUCUCUGUCUGAGGACUCGGACGUGGACACGGCCAGCACCGUCAGCUUAGUGAGCAGUAAAAACGCCCCCGUCUGCGCCCCCAAGCGCCGCCCGACCUCCUCCGGCGCCCCCCGUAAAGAUAAAUCCUCCUCACAGGACAAAACCCGGCAGCUCACGGCUCGGGAGCGACUGUCGGAAAAACGUCGGAGUCACGUCGCUCCUGAAAAGAGCGCCGCUAAAACCGAGGGGACGCGGCACCUCCACCUGCGCCGGAGCGCCGGAAACAGCGGCUCGCUCGACCUCUCCGACAGUCAGAACCUCGCUGACCCGCCCGAGUCCGGCGCCUCUGACCACGAGUCCGUGGCCGGACCCUCCACCCGCAAGAAGCUCUCGGACCAGAACAAGUCCAGUAAAGCACCGGCGCAUCAGGUACUGACCCGCUCCAACAGCCUCUCCGCCCCCAGACCCACGCGAGCCUCCAUGCUGCGCCGCGCCCGGCUGGGAGACGCGUCCGAUAACGAGGGCGGCGACACGGACCGAGCGUCUCAGAGCUCAGAGCACACCAAACCCGCCGGCGACCCCAGGAAGCUCUCCAGACUCGACAUCUUAGCCAUGCCGCGCAAACGCACCGGCUCGUUCACCGCGCCCAGCGAUAACGAAGCAGCGACCAAACAAGCGCACGGGCGCCCUGCGGAAGCUACCGGACGGAAAAUGUCGAGCGGAGACACGAAGCAGCCGAACAAGAUCUCACCGACUGCAGAGAAACACUCGUCCGCCCGGACGCGGUCCAACCAGGCCAAACACGCUAGUGCUGCUAGUUCCCGGCGGAGACAGAAAGGUUCGGAUUUUUCCUCCACGUCAGACGAAGAGCGCGACUCCGGCGCUAAACCCAAAAGCUCCUCCUCCACCCAGACCUCCCAGAAAGUCUCCCGCACCCAACUGGACCUGGAGGAGGACGAGCAGAACCAGCACUACCAGACCUGGACCAAUCACAGCGCAGAGAUCGCCAGGUUGAGUCAGGACUUGGCGAAAGACUUAGCGAUUCUGGCACGUGAGAUUCACGACGUAGCCGGAGACCCUGAGCCUCCCGCGGCAUUAGGAACCAGCUCCACCGGCUCCGCCCCGACCACGCCCACCAUCUCAGCCAGAGAGGAGUUGGUUCAUCACAUUCCGGAGGCGAGUCUGAAUUAUCAGAAGGUUCCUGCUGGUUCCCCGAGUCCGGUGGAUCAGGAGAGCGACGGAACCAAACGACGGCCGUGGAACCGAGAGGAGGUGAUUUUAGAUAAUCUGAUGUUGAAUCCGGUCUCUCAGCUCUCUCAGGCCAUCAGAGAAAACACGGAACAGCUCACCGAGAAAAUCAAAACUCUGUACCAGAAUAAAAGUGACGUUUGGGAGAAGAUCGAAUCCAGGAUCAACGCUGAGGAUGAAGUUCCUCUUAUAAAAACUUCUAAUAAAGAGAUCUCGUCCAUCCUGCAGGAGCUGAGGCGAGUACAGAGGCAGCUGGAGGUGAUAAACUCCGUCGUGGAACCUGGAGCAGCUACGAAGGUUUCAGCACCUGCAACGGCCAAAAAAAGAUCCACACCAGGGGGCGCUAAACGCAGCACCGGGCGUGGCUCCGAAACCCAGAAAUAACCCUCGUCCUAGCGCUGAAUUAGCUUUC